AUGAACCAAUCCGGUGCUUUUGAAAAGACUGUGGCCAUGAGACUCAUUAAACCAACCAUUGAUGAAGUGGACAUAAAAGAAGUCCUCAAAAUAACGAAAAAGUGGAAAUCGAUGUGCGGCCAAAUCACCGUGCACAACCCAAAACGUGCAAAGUAUUUCCUAGUAAACAAGUAUUCGCACAACGUCUACUUUGCAGCGCUGAUUCUCGGCAAGCGAAGCAUACGUUGUAAAUUGCUGGAUCGAGAGCUAGCCAGUGAGCUUGCGAAGGACAAUGGUAACAAACUGAAAUUGACUGGGUACAAUAAAGUUUCGCAAACUCCGGAAGAUGACAAAUGGAUCGAGCACUUGAAAGCCGUUUUGCUCGAGCAAGGAUACCAGUUCGUUGAUAACAACUGA